UAAAAUCCACGUCUCUUCCACUUUCCCUCUCCUCCCGACUCCACUGAAGCAAACCUGUCAAAGGCAGCUCCAUCUUCGAUCCAGGCAUUGGGAAAUCGUUAAGCGAUGUCGUAUGAGGAGGACGAGGAGACCUUCGAGCAUACCCUGCUCGUGGUCCGUGAAGUGGCUGUGUACAAGAUCCCUCCUCGUCCAACCAGCGGCGGCUACAAGUGCGGUGAGUGGCUCCAGUCCGACAAGAUCUGGUCCGGCCGCCUCCGGGUGGUCUCGUGCGACACAAGGUGCGAGAUCCGCCUCGAGGACCCGAAUUCCGGCGAGCUAUUCGCCGCCUGCUUCGUGAACCCUGGCCAGAGAGAGGCCGCCGUCGAAUCGGUGCUGGAUUCGUCGAGGUACUUCGUGUUGAGGAUCGAGGACGGUAGGGGGAAGCACGCGUUCGUCGGUUUGGGAUUUAAUGAGCGGAAUGAAGCGUUUGAUUUCAACGUGGCGUUGUCGGAUCACGAGAAGUAUGUCAAGCGGGAGGUGGAGAAGGACGCCGUAAGUGGCGGCGGCGCCGACGGUGCGGAAGAGGGGCAUAUCGAUAUACACCCUGCUGUCAAUCACAGAUUGAAGGAAGGGGAAACGAUUAGAAUAAAUGUAAAGAAUAAACAGUCAAGCGGGACAGGCAUGCUGUCUGCUGCCGGAUUGUCUGGAGGUUCUGGAACCGUAAAACCUAAAAUUUUGGGACUUGCUCCCCCACCCGGUGGGGCAGUGAAAAUCAGGUCGCCACUUCCGCCUCCACCAAAUGACGGUGCUGCUGUUAGGAUGACUUCUUCUGCCAAUACUGGUACUGCCCCGGCAGUGGCUAAGGAGAACUCAAGGAAUUCAGCUGAUGCUCUUUCAGAUCUCUCCCAACUUGAGAAGAACCUUCCAUCCGGCGAGGAAUCAGGGCCGACCAAAUCUCCUGCGGGAGGCUGGGCGGCGUUUUGAAGGUUUGACAACAAUUUUUGGUGCCUUUAUGUCCAUGUUGUACUAAGAAAAAAAUGAGGGGUAUAUCAAUGAGAAGGGGAAAAGGGGGAAAGAAAGAAAAUGAGGAUUUGUGUGUUUCUUGGAGUUCCAAUUGUGUAUCAAAAUGUUUCAUUUACUACUUAUGUGAAAGAAAUAGAUUAAAAUGUGUUCUUUUUUCCCUUA